AUAUUCAUAAUGAUCUGAGGAAGGAAGACGAGUUUUUUGUGACAUUGCCGCAGCGGUGCUCGCUCUCUGGUGUGCAUCGUUUCGUAAGCAUAACAAAGUAGGCUGAAUGGUGAAAUAGCCCCUAGACUCCGUACAUGUACUAUGCCUCCAACAAAUAAUUGAGAAAAGCAACCAGUGUCUUGACGCUGUGGGCCUGGGCUUAGCCGCUGACCCGGUGAAUCAGUCAAGUAUUUCUUUCUGUGAAGUUCCGGAAGGUUCAAGUCAAAUAGCGCUCGAACAGCCCUUUCGUCAUUCCUUGAUAAUGAGACGAGGAAGGAAAGCUGCCGGUGGACCUCGCCAACCAACCGCUGGGCCAGCAUCAGAUGGUUCAACAACGCUCUCGGGCAUCGGAGAGGAAAAAGCACCGCCUGCUGGAAAGCCGGGGGCGGCAUCUACACAGCCUGAUGGAGACAGUGAGUCUGCGGCGGAGAAGAGCGUGCUGGAUGUGCUAGCUGAGGGAGUGCACAACAGUUGGGCGUUGCUACAUACAGCUGUUAUUGAGUUCCUCGCUUGCAAGGAUGAAAUCCUGAAGCACGCGCUUCCUCCGGCACUUCUCCUCAGGAUUGUGGUGUCAACUAGCAAAAUUUUCCGCCUGUUUAGUGAUGCCAAUACGCCAAUGCUGGAGUUGCUGCGUUUGGUCAAGCUCUAUUCGGCUGAUUGGGAGAAGCAGAGUGCAGCACUGAAGAAGCUACAUGCAGACAAUGAAAGCAAACAGCGUCAGUUGAACAUUGCACUGCGACGCAUUGAAAUGACCGCGAUGGAACAGCAGAGAAUGGCAAAGGAGCGGCGUGUCAUGAACUGGGAGCGACUAUUUGCCAAGUUACACAAUCGACAGAGUCAUGGUCGACGAUGGAAGUUUCUCAUGCAGUCCUUCAAGGACAAACUGCGGGAUGGAAAGCUGAACCCAGAGUCGUAUGCACCAUCAAAGUCAGACAGCGAGAACGAGGAAGGUGAAGAUUAUACAUCGUGUAGUGUGGCCAAUGCUGGUGUCAGACCAACCAGUCACUUGAGGCUGUUUUCUCGGGAAGGAAGUCUGGAUGUUAGCGCUAUCAGUCUGGAUCCUACCAACGGCGGGGAAGAGGACAGUAAAGCGGGUGAUUCACGCAAUGCACACGAGCAAGUGGCAUCAGAGUCUCCUAGCGGCGAUGAUACAGCGGAGGACAUGGAAGAGGCACCGCACCAGCUAUCGGUCAGACAGCUUGAAGAUAAUGGCACCAUUGCUGAAGAAGACUCUCGGACACGUCUUAACAGUGACAAUAGUUCGGCCACUGUGGAUCGAACAGAGGACAGUCAGCAGCAGCAGCAGCAGCAGCAAGGCCAUGAUCGUGGAGACGUCCGUGCUGACUCACUAGUUCCAGUGAAAGCUCCAGUUGAAACCAGUGACACAGGCGUAUGCACACAUGAACCAGAAUAUAGGAGAUGCCUUGGCCUACGUGUGUAUGCACCAAGGGAGCUCAAGGGAUUUUCAUCCGCUGCAGUGACAGUGAGUCUUGGUGACCAAGUGUUCAACACCGAUGUGUUUGAUCUGUCACCGGUGUCGCUGUCCGGCGGCGCUCCCAAGUACCACUACGGCGAGUUUGAGUUCCAACUGCCACCGACCUCCAAGUAUGAUGAGAGUGCAGCUGUUGCCAUGGCGGCAGAUCCCAGUAGCAGUGAACAGUCUGGCCAAGUGACCCACAGCCACGGCAGUAUCAUCAGUAGUAGCAACAGCUCGGCUCUCCUAGAUUCUGGGAGUGCGGACACCGGCAGCGGCGAAGAAGAGCAUGACACGACACUAAACAUUGUUCUGCACUCGAAGAGUCCUCAAGGGCCCAUUGUUGCUAUGACAACAGUGCCGUUGAAGACUUUGCUCGUCGGACAAUUGUGCUUCACUGUGUGCCCUACAGAUGACCAUGAGAUCUACACAAGUAUGGAGGAAGGUUUGAGGAUCACUCAGCUGACAGGCAGUGAUGUCUUCCAGAUUGACACGCAGGGUCCAACUGACUUUGAGUUGAGACCCAUGGCUGGAGGCAUGCCGUCUAAACUGCCUCUUCUGCCAUUCCAUAUCAAGAUGGAAGUACCAAUCACAUUCCAGAAGGCAACUGAAACAGUGCCACUUGAAGAGCUUGUGGCAGGAGUUGCUGGCGAGCUUGGCUUUGUCAGCAUGGAGGAAGCAGCUGCUCUUGUCAAAGAGCGGGAAGAAGAACACACGAGAGCGCAGCAAGAAUACGGAGUAGCUCAGGAUGCAGAGGUAUCUGACAUCCAAGACGAAUACAAGCAGAACAUAGCCACUAUGACCCUGCAUCACGCUGAAGAACUGGUUGUCAUGCAAACAGACUAUGAGUCUAAGAUGCUGGCCUUGACAGAAUCUCUAGACGAACUGAAACGGCAAAUGGUCACGCCACCGAAGAGUCACAAUGAACAGGCUGAACAGGCCACUCAAACCUCAGGCAUGUCAACGCCAAGUGGAAGAGAAUCUCAUUCGGCGACAAAAAGGGUGUCGGUACAUUCAAUGGAUUUGCCUGAGUCCACUCUUCGUCAUCUCAUACCCGGGUCACCUCUGCAUCCCGUGCCACUGGCGAAAGCUUCUCGUACACCGCCACCAGCCGGCAAGACGAUGCGAAAGCGGUCUUCCAGGGUCUCUCACCCCAUGCCUGCAGACUGGAUGGAAAAUAUCCCCAAAGAUUUUCUCGAGCGCCUGGAGCAUUUCACGCAGGCCAGUAUGGAGCGCCAUCAAAUACUCGUCCAGACGGUCAGACAUCAGGUUCAGUCGAUUUUCUCGCAACAGAUGGCUGCAAACCAUCGUCUGCGCACUCAUGUUGCAAACGAAGAGCUAUGCUUACCGGCACUCUACCUGCCAACGCAGAGACCCAAGGUCAUCUUCACACCCAAAGCACAUUCCUACUUCCACCCAGCAGGUUCCACGUCUGUUCGAGUUUCUCAGCCGCCAUCGAUCCUCAGUCUACCUCCCAUUCCUCGGAAACAGCCUCCCGCAAUCAGCACAGUAAAUCUGUUUGAACUCAGUCAGAAGUAUGGAGGCGCAGACAGUCCCUACCUAGGCAAGGGAAAGGCCAAGAAAACAACGUUCCCGACUCACGGCAGCAAUCCACCGCCAUCGCUGACUCACCUGCGUAGCUUUGUCGACGGUACACGCACACCGAAAUCAGCCGAUUGGGAAAGUGAUAUCGACGACCAACAAGCUUAGUCCCGGCGAAGUCAAGCGGCAUCGACAUCGGGGAAAAAAAACUUGAGAUUCUAAUUUGGUCGGAAUUGAUCCGACACCAGGUAUAUGGCAUAUUAUUCCAAACACAUCUAAAGCCAGGGAGUCGUAAAAUACCGGUAUUUUACGACUCCCUGUCUAAAACCAUAACAAGUGCAUUUUUCGAAACUCUUCAUGCACAUGUGAACGAUUUUAAAUUCUUUCUUUUUUUGUGUGUCAUUGUACUUAUCAUACCGGUAUCUGUGCCACUUCUACCA